CAGGAAUGUAGGAUCCUGAAGAAUUUUUCCUCCUUAAGGGCCAUCAUUUCAGCGCUGCAGUCCAACUCCAUCUAUCGGCUGAAGAAGACCUGGGCAUGCGUUCCAAAGGACAUAAUGCUGAUGUUUGAAGAGCUGGGUGAUAUCUUCUCAGACCAUGACAAUUACCUGACAAGCAGGGAACUACUAAUGAAGGAAGGAACAUCCAAAUUUGCGAAUCUGGACAGCAGUGUGAAAGAAAAUCAGAAAAGGACACAGAGGCGACUGCAACUUCAAAAAGAUAUGGGAGUCAUGCAAGGCACAGUUCCUUACCUUGGUACCUUCCUCACUGAUCUCAUCAUGCUUGACACAGCCCUUCCGGACUAUGUUGAGGGUGGCCUGAUAAAUUUUGAGAAGAGACGAAGGGAAUUUGAAGUAAUUGCCCAAAUUAAGCUCCUACAAUCUGCAUGUAACAGCUAUUGCAUGGCACCAGACCAAAAAUUCAUCCGGUGGUUCAGAAGACAGCAGCAUUUAACUGACACGGAGAGUUACAACCUUUCAUGUGAGGUUGAGGCAGCUGCUGACACCAGCACCACUUCACCAAAAUCUCGGAAAAGCAUGGUGAAGAGAUUCAGCCUACUGUUUCUAGGCUCUGAGAUGAUUGCCCAUAGCACACCUGUCAAAGAGCAACCUAAAUCUACCCCAGGUGGGAGCUCUGGUGAAAGCACAGACUCAGCCAGUGUUUCAUCAUGUGAGUUUAACCACUCUGAAGCUGAAGACAUCUGCAUCGGUCCCGUAGACACUCCUGACACUCUUGACGCUCCUGAUGAGUCUCAGAAAAAGCUCUCUGAAUCCUCCACCUCCAGUUCCAUCAGCUAUUCUAUGGAUGCAUCUCCCUUGGGGGUGGCAUCCGUAAUCUCAGCUCCUGCUGUGCUGUUCUCCAGUGACAAGUGCUCUAAUUCUGUGACACCCAUUACCUCAAAAGAACUGUCUCCUGUUUACAACCAGCAGAACAAAGAUAUGUGCAUCAUCCGAAUCAGCACAGAAGACAACAAUGGCAAUAUGUACAAGAGUAUCCUGCUAACUAACCAAGACAAAACUCCUGCUGUUCUCCAGAGAGCUCUGUUAAAGCAUAACCUGGAAUCUGAUGCAGCUGAGGACUAUGAGCUUGUACAGGUCAUCUCUGAUGAUAAAGAGCUGGUGAUCCCAGACAAUGCCAAUGUGUUUUACGCCAUGAACAGCCACGUGAACUUUGAUUUCAUCCUGCGGAAAAAAGCUUCGGUCACCAUGGAUUUGAAAAUGAGGAGCCAUUGCAAUCUAACGCUCCCAAGAACUGCCAAACGGGGGUGUUGGAGCAAUAGGCUCAGCAAAAUUACACUGUGA